UGCGCGCGCGACUCUCCUCGAGCUCUUCUGGUUAGAGUAUCCAUUUUGAUCACAUGUGAGUAUCCCGAGCUGUUGUCCGAAAUCGGUGAAAAUCCGGGCUUCCUAGUGUGCGAAACAGCUCUCGAUCGUCCAAGACACUGCUGGGCCAGCUUUGUGCGCGGUAAAGAAAAAAAAGAACAACGACACCCCGACGAGGAACUUUGUAUAGGACUCCGCUUCGGCGCAGAGAGGAGGCUCUCUCUCUCUCCAAGCCGCUCGCUCUCUCGCUUGCCUCCGCAGCAUAUAUAUAUAUAUAUAUAUAUAUAUAGUGGCACUCUUUGCGUGUGCGCGUGUGACAAUAACGGCUCCUCUCUUCGCUCUCUCUCUCUCUCUCUCUCUCUCUCUUUCUCUGACCGAGACUCCGUGUGUGCGCUGCACAGUACUCCUGGUGCGACGACUUCCUCGAGGUCCGUGACGCCCCGUCGCACGUUUGCUCCGACUUCUAUAUAUCUCUCUCUCUCUCUCGCUCGGCUGUGGUACAUACAUAUACACGCGCGCGCGCGCGCGCACGCACCGCUCCCCCGUGUCUGCCGAGAGAGCAGUGUAGUAGUAGUAGAGAACACGCCGCGAGAAUUGUUGGUUAGCUCGUGCGCGUUCCGCACUCUCCGAUCAGUCUCCUAGUCGUCCUCCGACCCUUGAAGCACCGACUCCGUUAUCCUGAGAUCCCCACACACUAAUCAAACAUGGCAGACAUCGAAGAUACUCAUUUCGAGACUGGAGACUCCGGUGCUUCGGUCACAUACCCCAUGCAGUGCUCUGCACUUCGCAAGAACGGUUUCGUCAUGCUGAAGUCCAGACCCUGCAAGAUCGUGGAGAUGUCCACCUCCAAGACUGGCAAGCACGGUCACGCCAAGGUCCAUCUUGUAGGUAUUGACAUCUUCUCUUCCAAGAAGUACGAGGAUAUCUGUCCUUCCACACACAAUAUGGACGUACCCUUUGUCAAGCGAGAGGAUUAUCAGUUGACAGACAUCUCCGAUGACGGCUACUUGUGUUUGAUGGCUGACAACGGAGACUUACGUGAGGAUCUCAAAAUACCCGAUGGAGAGUUGGGUACUCAACUUCGCGCUGACUACGAUGCUGGAAAGGAACUACUCUGCACGGUGCUGAAGGCCUGCAACGAGGAGGUAGUAAUUGCUAUCAAAACCAACACUGCCCUCGACAAAUAAUUGUGUUCAGUUUGAACAGUACACCAACCUCAAUACCUGCUUAGCCAAUCGACACCUUAUCAUUGGUAAAAAAAGGAAAAAAGAGUCAACAGUUUCAACCAGCAGUAACUCGACAGCAGAGUAAAAGCAUCUUUUUAUCAAAGUAAUACCUACUUACUUUCUUACUAUUAUGUGAAUGAAAAAAAAAACAAAAACCCAUAGCGUUAAAGUUUCUAAGCAUUGUAAGUGGAGGCUGGGCUUAUGAAAAAGUGUGCAUCCCAGUUUUAGAAACUACACACACAUCAACACACAUACACGAAAAACACAAAUACACACGUUGUUUGUUAUACAAGAUAUAUGGCGACGACUUUUCAUCGAAGGGUUGAAUGAAAAUAAAAAUUGGAGAAAGCCUUUACACAUUUAUCUUUUUUUUCUUUUUUGCUAAUUUCAUAAUGUUAAUAAAUUUAAAAAAAAAAAAAAAACAAAGUAUUGUUGGCUUUACAAUGACAAAUUUAUAAUUUAUUAUAACACAUAUUAAGGAUAUACAGAUGCUUAUGACUAUUUGAGACCAAGAAUAAUUGUGUCGACUGCCGAGCGGAACAAUUUUUUUGCAAAUCUAUCAAAAUACAUGUUUCUCAUCGAGGCGGUGGAUUAUUUUGUUCUGUAAAUUACUUUUGCAAUGAUCAAAGUAAGUUUGCAAUUGAACAGCAAAGUCUUGCCCUCGAAUCAUUAGCACCUGUAAUGAGUAAUAAGAAUUUUUUUAAUGAACUUUCUAAUAAAAUGACUCAAUGCUAUAAAUAACGAA